AUGGACGUUUUAACGUUUAAAGAGGUGCUAACCGUUUGUGGUAAUGCUUUACUUUCAAUCAGAAGUAGCUGGAAAAGGGAGAGUUUAAGGAUUAGAAGUAAUGAAGUAGUCAAAAGACUGCUAGAAACCCCUCUUGAUAUUUCAGGUAGUAGAAGCGUACGGAAGGGUCGUCUAAGACCGAGAGCAUAUGAAAGUGAUAUUCUAAGCUGUGAAAGUAGCAUAUAUCGCAUACCUUCUGCUCCACACUCAAAAAAAAGGAAACCAUAUCCAUCUCAAAAGUCAGCUUCAUCAGAAACAAAAAUCAGGAAACAUGUAGAGUCAAUUCAAAUAAGAGACUCUGAUAGAAACCUCUUUUAUAGUAUCAUCUUACUAAAGAACGAACAACAAAGUAAUACUCGUGGAGCAGCUGAAGCAACUUUUGAAUCAGAUGUUACGAAAGAAAAUAAAAGGAAAGCACUCCCAGUUACUCAGCAUAACUUGCCGCAUGAAACUGAGGUUGCAAAACUAUGUGAUCAUGAGCGAUUCAUUCAUUUCACGAAACGUAGUAGACAGUCUAGGUCGGAAUCUUCGCACUUGCUGGGACAAAGCAGUGAAAUUUCGGUAGAAUUUAACAUUAAAAAAAUUGGAGUUAUGCGUCAGCAUGGUGACUUUGACUAUGAAACUCGAAAUGGAUGUAAAAAUCAACGGAAAGAAGAGUGUGGGAAAUAUGGCGAUUUUACUGCCAGUGAUUCGCAUCGAGCGUUCCUCUCAGAUACUCGUGAUAUUUAUAUUGACAAUAACGUCCCUUACAAUUUUGAUAGAUCAGGUGAUGGUAGAAGUUCCGAUAUGCUAAGAUCGGACAGAAAGCCAAUACCAGUCACGGCUCCUUUGUUGACUACUGAGCGAACUCACAUCAGACUUUCAAAGCGUAAACAAGAUGACCCAGUGAAAAAUUUUAAGGAAAAAAAGAUCCAAGAAGAAGAACCAUCUCAGAAAGAGAAAAACACAAAGACAAGUCGAUUUUACUACGAGGAUGACAAAUCACUUUUGGAUGACGUUAUGUAUGAUGAAAUUGGACUCAGUGAUGGUAACUAUAUCGAAACUACUUUUCAAGAAGAAGAACUUAUUUAUAAUGACGACGAUAUAAUUGUGGAUGGUGUUGGUGAGGUAGGCGACUGCGAUGAUGAAAUGGGUACGAGCCACAUGCAACCGCAUUCUGUUGAUGAUACACAACAAGAAGGUAAGCAGGCAAACAUGAUUGAGCCAGUAAAUGAUGAAAUUGAAUCAAUUGUUGAUGAAGCACCUCCAGAAUUAGAACCUCAAAGUUCUGGCACACACAAAAUUUCGCAACGUUUGAGUGUCAGUAAAAAUAAAACAACUAAUUUUCCUGAACCUUCCAACGGAAUGCAAGUUAUUCGUGUCCAGUCACCAAAUGGUACCGAGCAAUUCAUCCAGAUCGCUUCGAGUGAAACCUUUGUUGAUGAUAACGGUUUAUAUAUAAGUGAUAAUGAUAAUGUGACAAGCGUACGUCAGGAUCUCCGAGCAGUGGAAUUCAACUUUUUGGAUUCUAAAAAUAUAUGUUGUGGUUUAUGUGGAGAAAUCGUGUUAUACGAUCUGUUGUUGAGUACCCAUAUUCCAGAGCAUCAUCCUGAGGUACUAGAUGAAGGUGUGACAGCAUUUGAAGACGUUCCGUAUGAAACAUGGUUAAGAGAAAAAUUGAAUGAGGAGAAACGGCGAAUUGAAAAUAGUAUGUGUAACUUUCAAGAUGAUUAUUCUUCUGUCAAUAACUCCGGACGGAUUUACCGAAGUGUUUCGACAAUUCGGGUCAAUCCCAACGAAAUGUCGCUCAAUCAGUUGAUUACAGCUUUGCGAAAAAAAAUGUUUGAGAAAUUAGGACGUUCCGUUCCUGUAACCUUGGUGGAUAAACAACAUGCUCGCUGUGGUAUUUGUAAUGCAGUUGUAUCUCUUAAUCGUAAAUUUGAAGUGGUUCAUUUGGUGCGACAUUUCAAUGCAUGGCACCCAUCUGUUCAUAAGUGUACAGGAAAAUGGAAACUAAAGAAGCAGCAACCAGGAUUAGGAAAGCCUUUAUCAUUUCAAGAUUUUGCUGUAAUUGAUACAUCGCUUGAUCGUGGUGCUAAUUUACAAUGUAUUUGGUGCGGAAUGUUUAUGACAUCGGAAGCACUUGCUAUGCAUUUUUCUGAAGUUCAUCCUGAAGAAAUUGAAGUACCGAAAUGCAAUCUUUGUUUGCAGGAGCUUGUGAUUAAUGCUCGUUUAUUGGAAAAAUACGGAGAAGAUUUUGAUAUUUCUUUACCGGAUGAGCACCAAAUAAAAUGUGGCAAAUAUGGCACAACUCAUGUAUCAGAAUCUCCAAUAGAUAAACGACUGAAACUCUGUGGAGAGGGAAGAAAUUUGAGUGAUGUUGAAGAUGAUGAAACAGAAGAUGUCGGGAGAGCUUCGAGUUACGUUAAUAGUCGAAUGACAUUUGGUCGGCGGAGCAAACCGAAACGGCAGUUUAUAAUGCCGGCAUUAAGGCAGGCAGCACCGGUUAACAGCCGUUUUGUGGAAGCAAUCAAUGAUUGUCACUGGAGAUGUAAAAUAUGCAGUGCAGACAUCUUAGCAGCUGUUAUUAGUGCUGGAGCAAUCCGUCACUUUCGAACUGAGCAUCCACAGCAUUUGCAUAACAUGCAAUAUGAGCUGUGUAAAACGCGAUUAGAAAGAAUUUCUGACGGAUGUAUGGAAUUCAUUAACCCGCAGUUAAUUGAAUGUCUAGUCUGUAACAUGACAUAUAUGCUCCACCGACCAUUCAAUAUGUGUCGAGCUAUUCGCCAUCUGCGGUCAAAGCAUCCAGAUUUGAUGCCUGAAUUUGCUUCUGCUCCGACUUUGAGAGCUCUUUGUGUUACAGAUACUCCUGAAGGUAUCAUCACAGAUCCAGCCACGAUUGCGAUGCUUAAAGCGCAAUAUGGUGUCGAUUUCAAAAAGGUGCAAGCAUUAAAAGGUGUUAGUGGAGAGCCGGUUUAUGUAUUGUUAGAUGAAGCAUACAUGUUAAAUUGCCGCUUUCUGUCGUCAGGAUGGAUGCAUUAG